AUUGAAUUCAAAAAUCAGUUUUCGUUUCGAAAAAAGUGUUUGAAUUAAACAUUAAUUUACAUUUAAUUCACAAUUAAUACCAGUUUUUGAGUGCAAUUAAAAGCCACCGAAACUCAUGUAUAGCUUCAGAGCUGUGCUCACGAAAUGCGGCGUCAGGACACCACUGAUGGUCACCGUAUCGCUCAUCGGCUCAACCCAUUGGCUACAACACCGGCGCAGAAGUCACUGGCCGUCAGAGUCGCUGCCAUUCGCUCAGUCGAUGGCACCGUUUGGUCUGCGAAGUGUUUACCUGUGGUCGUCGUCGUCGUCGUCGGGCAGUGGCGCCGACCGGAGAGACAGUGGGUUCGGUGGCGCGGGUCCGGAGUCGGCGACGUCAAGCCCGCCAAAGCCAAAGCCCUCACCGCCGACGGGCUCACCACCGAAGGGAGCGACCGGUGGCUCAACGCAGCCGUCGCGGUCGGCGUCGCCAAACACAGGGCCCGACCUGACUGUGGAGAAGAUCUGCGAGGAGUCGUUUGAGGCGAUUGUGUCCGUCAGACAGAUGUUGACACACACUGAGCACAAAGAGAAGAAACGCGUUCACAACACGAGCUCUGGCUUUAUAGUUGACGAGCACUUCAUACUGACGAGCGCUCGGGCCGUCGGCAACGCCUCUCAAGUUGAAGUGAAGCUAAAAGGAAGCGCCACUACAACGACGGGACCCGUGGAGGGCAUCUGUGUAGUGGUAUACAAAGAGCCGGAACUGGAUUUGGCUCUAUUGACACCACUGUCCAAAACCUCAAAACAACUGGGGUUCGCUGACGUCACCGGUGAUUAUCCCUGGUAUGCUGACAAAGUGGUCGCUUUGGGCUCCUCCUGGAACUACAACACUGUGACCAACGGAAUCGUGAGCUGCCCGAAGAGGACCGGCGCGCAGAUCACCAAAAUUGGCAAAAAGUACGGCUUCAUCAGUACUCCAGUCGAGUAUAUCCAACACACGGCCUCUUUCGCCUUCGAUGACUACGGCGGCGCUCUCCUAGACAUGAAGGGAAAGGUGGUCGGCAUGUAUUUCUACCUACAGCUCAUCGACAAUAUUGUCCUGUAUUUCGCUGUGCCGUCCAAUAAGAUUCUACCGUUUGUGGCGGAAGGGAUCAAACGCUAUAAGAAAACACCGGAACUAUUUCAAGUGGAGGGUCAACAGGGAUCGCCCAAAACUGCGCCCAAAACUGCGCCCAAAGUAGUUGAAACUCCGGCAGAGAAAGAGGAGAGAGAGAAGAGGGAGAAGGAGGCGAAGGAGAGGAGGAGUAGGAGGGAUAGGGAGAGGAAGAAGGAGAAGAAGAGCAGGGAGUGGGAGAAGAAGGCUCCGGAGAGAGAGGAAGAGAAGAGGAAGAAGGAAGAGGAGGAGAGGCGCAGGAAAGAAGAGGAGGAACGCAAACGACAGGAAUCUCCGGCCGAAAGGAAGAAGAAAGCAGAGGAAGCGCUGAAGAAACGCUUGAAAGAGUUGGAAGAGGAGAGGAAGAAGAAGCCGAGACCGAAGAAACAGCCGCAGAAGCGCGACCCCCGGUCCCCACCC